GGAAGUGUGUGGUUGCCAUGUAAUAUCCUGGCCGCGCGGGCGCGCGAGGGGCUGAGGCGGCGCCGGGGCGGGCGCGGAGGUGGCGAAAGGGCGGCUGAGGCGGCACAGACGGGGCCGCUGAGGUGCGCGAGGGAUCGACGGCUCUGGGGAGCCUGUCGCUUGCGCGGUCUGUCUGUCCAAGUCGCUUGUCCGGGCAGGAGGCCCGACGGCGGGAAGCAGGAUGUCGGUGGCGGGCUUGAAGAAACAGUUUUACAAGGCGAGCCAGCUGGUCAGCGAGAAGGUCGGCGGGGCCGAGGGGACCAAGCUUGAUGAUGACUUCAAAGAAAUGGAAAAGAAAGUAGAUGUCACCAGUAAGGCUGUGACGGAGGUGCUGGCCAGAACCAUCGAGUACCUCCAGCCUAACCCAGCCUCGCGGGCCAAGCUGACAAUGCUCAACACGGUGUCCAAGAUCCGGGGCCAGGUGAAGAACCCCGGCUACCCGCAGUCCGAGGGCCUGCUGGGCGAGUGCAUGACCCGCCACGGCAAGGAGCUGGGGGGCGAGUCCAACUUCGGUGACGCCCUGCUGGACGCGGGCGAGUCCAUGAAACGCCUGGCCGAGGUGAAGGACUCUCUGGACAUCGAGGUCAAGCAGAACUUCAUCGACCCCCUCCAGAGUCUGUGCGACAAGGACCUGAAGGAGAUCCAGCACCACCUGAAGAAACUGGAAGGCCGGCGCCUGGACUUCGACUACAAGAAGAAGCGGCAGGGCAAGAUCCCUGACGAGGAGCUGCGCCAGGCCAUGGAAAAGUUCGAGGAGUCAAAGGAGGUGGCCGAGACCAGCAUGCACAACCUCCUGGAGACUGACAUCGAGCAGGUGAGCCAGCUGUCGGCACUGGUGGAUGCUCAGCUGGACUACCACCGGCAGGCCGUGCAGAUCCUCGAAGAGCUGGCCGAGAAGCUCAAGCGGAGGAUGCGUGAAGCCUCUUCGAGGCCCAAGCGGGAGUAUAAGCCCAAGCCCCGUGAGCCCUAUGACCUUGGAGAGCAGGAGCAGUCCAACGGGGGCUUCCCCUGUACCAACCCCCCCAAGAUCACAGCUUCUUCAUCCUUCCGGUCUUCUGACAAGCCCGUCCGGACCCCCAGCAGGAUUAUGCCGCCCCUGGACCAACCGAGCUGUAAGGCCCUGUAUGACUUUGAGCCGGAGAACGAUGGCGAGCUGGGCUUCCGCGAGGGCGACGUCAUCACGCUCACCAACCAGAUCGAUGAGAACUGGUACGAGGGCAUGCUCAACGGCCAGUCCGGCUUCUUCCCACUCAGCUACGUGGAGGUGCUGGUGCCGCUGCCGCAGUGACCCGGCUGCCCGC